CAAUGAACACAGACAUCCGGCCAAGGAAAGAAUCGGGCUGCGCAUUGAUUGCUGCCGUUUUCGUGUUACUUCUGGUACCCAUCGUCGAAGUCCACCCCAUCUGCAAAUACGUUCAAAGGCAAGCAGCCAUCAACAUAAACAGUUUGUAUGACGAUCCAUGCGGGAAUAUGACGGUACCUUUCCGAUCUUUUACAACGAAGCUUAUAAUUCCAAACGAAUACAGCAUUCCCGGGGUAGUGGAUUCGCUGGAUUACACUGACGAGCGGAACCACAGUGAAAAGACAACAGCAGGAAUCUACCCCAUUUAA